AUGGAUCACGACGGCGGGGCUACUUUGGCUGUGGCCGAGGAGAGCGCAUGGGCCAGUGUGGAUGGCGGCAUGGACGACCCUGAAGAGAUUCGGGUCAUUUUUUGCGCGCUGGAUUCGUUUGCACAAUAUGCCAAAGUCGCCCACUUCAACGUCACUCAUCUUCGCCGCCGGUCCUUCUACGCCCUCCCUCAGGCUCACUGGAAGCUCCUCGCCGGGCCUCCCUUCAACUUCCUUGACACACUGGACAAGGUCGAUGAGGCGAUUGACACCAACGCCGUUUUGGCUCGGGCCAUUCUCAAGUCAGGAUUGACUUCAUUCAAUGCCCUACCUCCCAGUGCAUCAGAGUCUGACCCGCCGGUCAUGCCGCAUGAGUGGGCUGGAGUAGCCAAGCAUGCAGACAUUGACAAGGCGAGAAGCACUCUCCGCCAGUUCUAUCGCGACUGGACUGAAGCUGGCGCAGAGGAAAGGGCCGCAUCAUACGGCCCCGUGAUGAGAGCUCUUGAAAAAGAGACCAAGGCGUCGGAGGGCAGGCGUUUGAAAGUACUAGUUCCAGGCGCGGGUUUGGGAAGACUGGUGUUUGAACUGUGCCGGGAUGGCUAUGAAGCUGAGGGAAAUGAAAUAUCCUACCACCAGCUAUUGGCAUCAUCGUACAUUCUCAACGAAUGCGCAAAAGCUGGAGAGCACACCAUCUACCCAUGGAUACACACAUUCUCCAACCACCAAACUCGGGAGAACCACCUCCGCAGCUACGCCGUACCCGACAUCCACCCCGGCACCACCCUUCUCAACGCCCCCAACCUAGGCUCCAUGUCCAUGUGCGCCGCCGAUUUCCUGUGCCUAUACGGCGACGAAGACUACGAAUCUUCCUACGAUGCCGUCGCCAGCGUCUUCUUCCUCGACACGGCGCCCAAUCUGAUUCGAUACCUCGAGGUCAUCUACCACUGCCUCCGCCCCGGCGGCGUCCUCAUCAACGUCGGCCCCCUGCUGUGGCACUUUGAGAACAACGCGCCGGGCAAUCACGGGCACGACGAUGACGGCGAUGGCGAGCACGACUUUAACAACUCGUCUGGCAUUGCUGAUCCUGGGAGCUUUGAACUGAGCAACGAUGAGGUUAUGGCGCUGGUGGAGAAGUUGGGAUUUGUGGUAGAGUCGAUGGAGAUGGGCCUCAGAGCGCCGUACAUUCAGGAUUCGGAUAGCAUGCUGCAGACGGUGUACAAUGUGACGACGUGGGUGGCUCGCAAGCCGCUGGAAAAGGAAACGAGCGAUGUGAAGAAGACAGACGUGGAGAAGGAAACGAACGAUGUCAAGAACACACAACAGACAUGA